GGUACCCGGUGAACCGCCUUCAUAGUGUACAUCGAAAACCGUUGGUGCCAGCGUUGUUUUGACGUACUUUGUGUUGCUGAUGCAGUCAUCAAAAUGGCACCCUGCAUAGCGAAUGCCAACUCCGCCCUACAUCUUAUGCUUAUCACGACAUUGAUCUCCAUCAUUGACUUCGCUAUCGCCGAUUACUGUCAGGGUUAUACCGAUUACACCGGCGAGUCCAUCUCAGGUUUCUACUGUCCCGGAUUCAGCGAUGAUUAUCGGAAUUACAAAUGCUGCGGCCCGUCGGAUAGCCAAUACUGUUGCGACUUUGAGGCCUACAAUAACUACCACGGGAGUUUCUACUGGAGUGUGGGAAAAAUCAUCGGCGUGGUGAUCGGAGGCAUCAUUGGCUUGGUCCUUCUUGUCGUCGUCAUUGUGAUCAUUGUCGGAUGUCACGUCAGGAAGUUGAAGCGACAGCGACAACCACAGCAAACGGCGACAAAUUCAAGCGCACAUCAGAUGACAAGAACCACCACAGCGCAGAGGCAAAACUAUCCACAUCACAGUCGAAGUAAUCCACAACAGAGUCGAAGCAAUACACAACCAAAGCCGGCCAGCUUGACCAAGGAACAGGCCUACGAAUCACUGAGUUACCCUCCACCAGCGUAUACCACACUCCCGAGGAGCUACCGGCGUGAGCCCGAGCCAACCUACCCGCGUGAGCCCGAGCCAACCUACCCGCGUGAGCCCGAGCCAACCUAUCCGUCGAGUCAGGGCUACCAUCAGCAAGGCCAGCAGCAACCCACUCUGAGCUACACGGACUAUUCUCAGCGAGGCCUGGAGGAGUACAGUUCGCCCCAGCCUGACUACUACACGCACAAACCCGAAGCAGCCAAUACCUACGCACCCGAACUGGCCCCUCCGCCUCCCAACAAUAUCUGAUAAGAGCUCCAGAGCACCCGAAGAGCCUACUUGGUGUAGUAUGAACUACGAACUAAUUUACCGUACCGAACAUCUCUCUCUGUGAACCGUUAAUAAUGAGUACUUAUGGGCCAGUGCAAGGCUGGGAGUUCAAAACAGUAGAAGAGACCCGAUGUAAGAAGAGUUCUGAUUUCAUACGACACCGGCAUGAUCACGUUGUCUCCCGUUGAAUAUUCCUUCCAAUCACUGCUGACGCAGAAGUACUUACGCACCUCUGUGUCUGCUGAUGACUCACGAUGUGCAUUUGUUGGUCCUUAGCAGCAAGUGAACAGACCAACAUUAAGAAUAA